AUGGCAUCCACCGACAUUGCUACGCAGGAGCUAAAGAACCCCAUCGACGUGGCAGAAUACCUGUUCCGACGCUUGCAUGAGGUUGGAAUUCGCGCUGUUCACGGAGUCCCCGGUGACUACAACCUUUCUGCUCUGGACUACCUGCCUAAGUGCGGACUUGACUGGGUUGGGAACUGCAAUGAGCUGAAUGCCGGUUACGCCGCCGAUGGUUAUGCACGCGUUAAAGGAAUUAGUGCUGUGAUCACUACAUUCGGCGUCGGUGAGCUAUCUGCUCUCAACGCUAUUGCAGGCGCCUACUCAGAGUUCGUCCCUGUUGUACACAUCGUCGGUCAGCCAACCACCCAGUCGCAGAAAGAUGGAAUGCUUCUUCACCACACCCUCGGUAAUGGAGACUACGAUGUUUUCACAAAAAUGAGUGCGGGUAUUUCUUGCUACGUUGCCAAGCUGAAUGAUCCUCGCGAUGCUGCGACCCUCAUUGAUAGCGCGAUCCGUGAGUGUUGGAUUCGCAGCCGUCCUGUCUAUGUGACUCUUCCUACCAACAUGGUAAAUGCCAAGGUCAAUGGAGAUCGAUUGAAGACCCCCAUUGAUCUGUCAUUGCCCUCGAACGAUCCGGAGAAGGAGGAUUAUGUAGUUGACGUCGUUCUGAAGUAUCUUCAGAAAGCUGAUAACCCUGUUAUCUUGGUUGAUGCCUGUGCCAUCCGUCACCGUGCACUGAAGGAGGUGCACAAUCUCGUCGAAGUCUCCGGAUUGCCUACAUUUGUAACCCCAAUGGGCAAGGGUGCAGUAAACGAGACUCACCAAAACUUCGGUGGAGUCUAUGCUGGAGAUGGAUCUAAUGCCGGAGUGAGAGAGGUUGUCGAGUCCUCGGAUCUUAUCCUCAGCAUCGGAGCCAUCAAGUCCGAUUUUAACACUGCGGGAUUCACCUACCGCAUUGGACAGCUGAACACUAUUGACUUCCACAGCAACUAUGUCCGAGUGCGGUAUUCAGAGUACCCGGACAUCAACAUGAAGGGUGUUCUUGAGAAGGUUGUUCAGCGUAUGGGCAAGCUCAGUGCCACUCGCGCCCCUCCGAUGACCAACACUCUUCCCCAAAAUGAGAAGGACUCCAGUAGCCCCACUAUCACCCACGCGUGGCUUUGGCCGACAGUUGGCCAGUGGUUGAAGGAGAACGAUAUUGUCCUUACCGAGACUGGCACUGCCAACUUUGGUAUUUGGGAAACCCGUUUCCCUGCGAAUGUGACUGCGAUCAGCCAGGUUCUUUGGGGCAGCAUCGGGUACGCUCUGGGAUCCUGCCAGGGAGCAGCAUUGGCGGCCAAGGAACUGAAAAACCGUCGUACCAUCCUUUUCAUUGGAGAUGGUAGCCUCCAAUUGACUGUGCAGGAGCUCAGUACUAUGCUGCGCAACAAACUGAACCCCAUCGUCUUCGUCAUCUGCAACGAGGGCUACACCAUUGAACGAUACAUCCAUGGAUGGGACGCGAAGUACAACGACAUCCAGCCCUGGGAUCAUGUCGGUAUCCCCAAGGCCUUCGGUGCCGACGAAGGCUACAAGGGGUACCGCAUCAAGACCAGAGAUGAACUUCACAAGUUGUUUGCUGAACCUAGCUUCAACGAUUCUGACAGCCUUCGGCUGGUUGAGCUCUACAUGCCGCGCGACGAUGCCCCUGCUGCAUUGAAGUUAACUGCCGAAGCAGCGGCCGAGCGCAACAAGGCUACUUGA